AGGGUCCGGGUGAAGCGUGGCGGCUGCUGGUUCGGCAGGGGAGCCCGGCUGCUGCCCACGCUGCCCACACACCGCUUUGGGGCAGACCUAGGUUCCCAUGUAACACUCCCCGGGCCCCAGUCCGGCCUUUGCCGCGCGCUCCAGGCCGGUCCUGGGACGCGGGCCGCUGGAGACCAGGCAAAGCUCCCAGUGAGUCGAGCCGGGUCAGGACCCUGGAGCGCGGCGCUGCCCCCGAGCUCCCCGCCCCGGGUGAGCGCCCUGCCAGCCCCCCCGCACCGGGCGAUGCAGCUCCCCUGGGCGCCCUGCACCCCUCUGCCGCAGGAGCUGCCUGCUGGCUGGCUGGGGGGAGGGAAGGAGGCAGCUGCUGCUGGGUGCAGGGGAGGGGGAGAGGAGGCAGAGGGGAUGUUGUUAAACAAUCUCUUACCGUAAGAGGGAGUUGGGACUCAGAUCUUUCCAGUUAAUCACACAACAAACUUAGAUCAUCGCAAUAAAAAGCAGCGCGGCUCACUCAGCCUCCUCUAGUGACCGACUGUGCACAGGGGUCCUUCCACGAGCCAUCUCCUCUCCUCCUCCCUGCGAGCUGCUGGGGCAGCCCAGCGGCAGCAUGUGGGCCAACAAACUCCUGCCGGUCCUGCUGCUCCAUCUGCUGCUGCUGCUUCCCAUCACCAUCCCUUUGGCAGAGGGCAAAGGGAAAAGGAGAAAUGCUCUUCAUGACUUCAAAAAGACAGGCGAGACUAUGCUAAUUAAAUCAGACCUAUCACUAGUGGGAAAAACCAAGCUGUUAAACACGACAGAACAAUGUGCCAAGAGAUGCAGCAGGAAUAAAGGUUUUCCGUUUCCUUGCAAGGCCUUUGCUUUUGACAGAGCUACAAAACGAUGCCAUUGGUUCUCUUUCAAUAGCAUGACGAAUGGAGUGAGGAAAAAGCAAGACCACGCAUUUGAUCUAUAUGAAAAGAAAGACUACAUUAGAAACUGUAUCAUUGGUAAAGGCGCAAACUACAAGGGAACAAUAUCUGUUACCAAAAGUGGCAUCCAGUGUCAGGCAUGGAAUUCUAUGAUACCCCACGAGCACAGCUUUUUGCCUUCGAGCUAUCGGGGUAAAGACCUGCAGGAAAACUACUGUCGGAAUCCCCGAGGGGAAGAAGGAGGGCCUUGGUGUUUUACAAGCAAUCCAGAGAAACGCCAUGAAGUCUGUGACAUUCCUCUCUGUUCAGAAGUUGAAUGCAUGACCUGCAAUGGAGAAAGUUACAGAGGGCCAAUGGAUCACACUGAAUCAGGCAAGGAAUGCCAGCGCUGGGACCUUCAGAGACCACACAGGCACAAAUUCAGACCAGAGAGAUAUCCUGACAAGGGCUUUGAUGAUAAUUACUGCCGCAAUCCCGAUGGCAAGCCGAGACCGUGGUGCUACACUCUUGACCCUGAUACCCCAUGGGAGUUCUGUGCAAUUAAAACGUGUGCUCAGACCAUUGUGAACAUCACUGAUGCUGCCGUAGAAAUGACAGAGUGCAUCAAGGGGCAAGGUGAGGGCUACCGAGGUACCAUGAACACCAUAUGGAGUGGAGUCCAGUGUCAGCACUGGGUCUCCCAGUUUCCUCACCAGCACAACAUCACUCCAGAAAACUUCAAGUGCAAGGAUUUAAGAGAGAACUACUGCCGAAAUCCAGAUGGAUCAGACUCACCUUGGUGUUUUACUACUGACCCAAACAUUCGGAUCGGUUAUUGCUCCCAAAUACCUAAGUGUGAUGUGUCAAAUGAACAAGAUUGCUAUCGUGGGAAUGGCAAGAAUUACAUGGGGAAUUUAUCUAAAACAAGAUCUGGAUUAACAUGCUCUAUGUGGGACAAGAAUAUUGAUGACUUAAGGAGGCACAUACCAGUAUUCAGGGAACCAGAUAUUAGCAAACUGAAGAAAAACUACUGCCGCAAUCCAGAUGAUGAUGCUCAUGGUCCCUGGUGCUACACAAGCAAUCCUCUCAUUCCCUGGGACUACUGCCCAGUUUCUCGAUGUGAAGGUGAUACAACUCCUACCACAACCAAUUUAGAUCAUACUGUCAUUUCUUGUGCCUCAACAAAACAUUUGAGAGUUGUAAAUGGAAUCCCAACGCAAACUAACGAAGGAUGGAUGGUUAGUUUGGCAUACAGGAAUAAACAUAUCUGUGGAGGUACUUUGGUAAAGGAAAACUGGGUUCUAACAGCAAGACAAUGUUUCCCUUCUCGGUACAAAGAUUUGAAAGACUAUGAAGCUUGGCUUGGAGUUCAUAAUAUCAAAGGAAGAGAAGAGAAACAUAAACAAGUUCUGAAUAUCUCCCAGUUGGUGUAUGGACCUGAAGGAUCUGAUCUGGUAUUAUUGAAACUUGCCAGAGCUGCAGUAUUCAAUAAUUUUGUGGAUCUAAUCAGAUUGCCCAUUUCUGGAUGUACCAUUCCAGAGAGGACCACCUGCAGUGUUUACGGAUGGGGACACACAGGAUUGAUUCACUUUGAUGGCCUGCUCCGAGUAGCAAACCUAUUUAUUAUGGGAAAUGAGAAGUGCAACCAAUAUCUCAAAGGGAAGAUUACUGUGAACGAGUCAGAAAUCUGCGCUGGGGCUGAGGGCAUUGGCACUGGACCGUGUGAGAGGGAUUAUGGUGGCCCCUUGGUCUGUGAACAAAACAGGAUGAAAAUACUAGUGGGUGUUAUCGUUCCUGGCCGUGGAUGUGCCAUUCCAAAUCGUCCUGGGAUUUUUGUCAGAGUGGCAUAUUACUCCAAGUGGAUACGCAAAAUCUUGUUGACGUACAAAUCUGAGUUAUAGCUGAAUAUUUCACACAAAACCACCAAUUCCAUUCACAUGAAGAUUUCAGAGAGCAUGAAAUUAAUGUGUAAUGUAAAGAUCCAUGAUUUUUUUAAAAAAACUACUUGAUAGUCAAGUUUCCUGAUCAUUUAUGGGUGUUUUCCGAAGAUUUUGUCUAUCAGUGUUGUUUUAUAGAUGUUGAAGUGAGCUACAGUAUCUGCAAGUAUGGUGACAUAUCUCCUGAAGAUACUUGAAUGGAUAAACAAAAUUGCAAAGAUACUAUUGCUGAAUGCAGAAGUGUUUUGUGGAAAUAGCUCAUGUGGCCUCUUUAGGCUGCUUCUUCAGAUCAGCUUGUCCAUGAGAUACAAAGAAAGCUUGUUUUCUUUAACACCCCUUACUCUUGCUGUGUACCAUAUACACUCUCUGUUUGUGGCAAAAAUUCUAUGGAGAGCUGUGUGCAUUGACCAAGAACAGCGUAUAUGGACCUAAUUCUCUUCCCCCAUAUGCAGAAUUUAAAUAUGUUAAAAAAUAAUCUCUUUAUUUGCUCAUUUCAUUGUGGGCCCAAUUCUGCAAGCCCUCCAUGAGCAGAGCUCUCACUGAAGUCAAUGGGAGCUCCUUUUACAUAGGAUUUAUAGGAUCUGGCUCUGUACUUCUGUCCUAAGGGAUAUUACAAUAUACCCUAUGGAUAAGGGACAAGACAGAGGAACGGGUUGAUGAGCAACUUAUCAAUCUUUUUUUAAUUGUCCUAGGGUACAUCUACUCUGCAGCUGGAGGUGUAAUUCACUGCUCAGGUAGAUGUACACAAAUCUAUACAUGCUAGAUUUGAUUGAGCUAGCAUGUUAAAAAUAGUAGUGUAGCUGUGGUGGUGCUGGCAAUGGCAUGGGCUAACUUCCUGAGAACUUAUCGAGAGUCACUGGUGGGAUUGCAAUCAGGCGGCUAGCCCAUGCAGCUGCCCAUGCUGCCGUGGCUACCCUGCUAUUUUUAGUGUGCUAGCUCAAUCAGAUCUGGAAACUGCACCUCCAGCUGCAGUGUAGAUGAACCCUCAUAUUUAAAAAACACGCCUAAACGUGUAUUUCAUAGGAUCCCAGGAAUGUAUCCUGAUUAGCUAAUGACAGACCAUUUUUACUAUUAAAAUUAAUUGCAUUGAAAUAGAGACUUUAAUGCCAGAUUUCUCAGUAACUCAAGGGAAUAACUCUGGAUUUACAGCAGGGUAAGUAAGAGUAGAAUCUGAUUAUGAGCUGAUAGAAUCAACAGGGAAAAAAAGAAUACUGUUGUCAUUAAUGCAUUUAAAACCAAAUUGUGCCCUCAGAUAUGCCUGGGGGCACUGGAAAUUGCAUACUCAGUCUGAAGGCAUAAUUUCAGCCCUUCGUAUGUAACAAACAGAACCACUGAAACAACCAAUAUUUCAAAUCAAAUGGAACACAUCUUUUGAUUUCAGUAACAUUAAAUAUGUUUUAUUUAUAGGUGUUUUAUUAUCUUUAAGAAAAACCUAAACAUGUGGUUAAACAAUACAUCUCUUGUAUAACUCCUUUGAAGCCAAUAGAAUUAUUGCAGAGAUGAAUCUGGCCUGUUGUAAAGUAUGCAACAUGUCACUAAUAGUGUAAUUGCUUGUGUUACAUGUCUACUUGCACACCUAGGGCCAUAAUUUACAUACUAAAGAUGGAGCAAGAGAAUAAAUAGCCAACAUCUAUGAGGUUUCCUUGUGCUCCUUUAGAACAUGUAUUGUGUAGCUGAAAGUACUAAACAAUUAGCAAAUGGCAAUAUUUUAUGUUAGAUGGCACUAAUUACCAUGUACCUGCUGGAAAAAAUGAUACACUAUAUAAUCCCAUUGUACUUACUACUGUACAUUAAAUUGCAUAAGGAACUUCAUUGUUACUUUAUUCAUGAACUAUGUAAAUGCAUAUGUUUCAGAUAGCACACUGUAAAGUAUGUACCAUAUCUAACUACAUAGCCCCUAAACUGACAUCACUGUGUAAAAGUAAAGAACAUGUCACCUUAAUUACAUGUAAGUGACAUAGGGCUGAAUCCUGCCUUGGUAAAAAUAACUAUGCAGGGAGCUGCCUUGGGAGGCUGUGAAGGUGCGGAUUCCCCAAACUGUCCCUCACCAGCAAAGCAUUUCAACUUUAAUGGGACUUAGCUAUAUAGUUAAAUACUUUGCUGAAUAGUACCCAAAACAAUCUACUGGCACAAAGCAAGAGGUCUUGCAGCAAGCAGAUAAAUAGGCAUGUUCCUGAAAAUCCUUCCUUGUGUGAGUAGUCCCACUGACCAAAAUGGGACUACUCACAUGAGUAGGACUACUCACAAGGGCUUCUAGGUUCUGGCUCAUCACUUGUAUGCCUGGAUGUUAGCUGGGUGUACCUCCCACUUGGUCUGCUAGUGAAGGGGAUUAGGCUUCAUACACUCUCCCUCUGGCUCCUCUUGUUUUCCAGCGCAGUCGAGGGCAGGAUUUAGCCUGUAGCACUUACAAGAAAUUGUUGCCAUUUAUGUAAAGUGUAUAUUCUCAUUAAAUAUGUGCUGACUAUAUCUUAACAAAAAGGCUUAACUUUUAAGGAGAGAUGAGGAACUCCAAGUGAGUUUUUAUUUUGUGCCAUUGAGAAGAGCAUGGAUAAAGUAUACAAUGACAUAUUUACCUUUCCUAUUGUAAGACUUGUUAUGUGCUCACUGUGUUAUAUUUGCAGGCAUUUUGUUAUGUCUACCAACAAAAUAAAAUAAAUUGGAACCUAAAGUAUUUUAGUUAUAAUCUUCUGCUGUGCAGAGGACAAUAUGAUUAUAUAUAUAUAUAUGAUAAAUAUACUGUUUUUUUGUUAGACAAUGUGUAAGGAUUUUUACCUGUUUGUUCUGGGCAGCAUCUCAGUAAAAUGAGUUGUGCAGAGUCAAUGCUCUAGAACUUAACGUAUUUGUAAGCACUUGCUUAUCAGGUACACGCGCUGUCUCUCAGUAUGGAGGGAAUUUGACACUCUGAAAAGCAAGGAAAGAGAAAAAUAAUGACGUGAUAAUUAAUUUGUACUUCAUUUAUUCCUGUGAAUAUUUCUUGUUGGUACCAAUGGUACUGUACCAGGCAAAUGUUAUAGCUACAGCAUUCUCCUUCAAAAGGACACUGUUAAGGGACUUUUUUCAUUGUUUUAACAAUAUUUUUUAAAACAACUAGGGGCCUGAUCCAGUGCUCACUGAAGUAACAGGAAAGCCUCUUACUGACUUAAAUGGGCAUUUGCCUGGGCUUUGUGGAUGCAGUUCUGGCCAGGGCCAUA